AUGGACCCUCAAAAGUACUCCGAAGAGCCGCCUGAAAAGGCGGCUGUUUCCCCCAAUCCUGUUCCUAUCGAAGUUGCCGCAUUGGAUAAUGCGCACAAAGGUCGCUGGGAGCGUAGUUGGCCUACCAUUGCUUGCGGUGCAGGUCUUUUCUCAGACGGUUAUCUCAAUGGCGUGAUCGGAUCUGUCAAUACAAUCCUUGGUAGACUCUACCCGGACUCCUACAGCAAUUCCCCAGCCAGUCAGAAUGUUGCUUCCAUCACAUUUGCCGGCACUGUACUAGGCCAGCUUAUCUUUGGAUACGUCAGCGACCAUUGGUCGCGCAAAUGGUCCUUGAUGAUUUCAACGAUUAUUCUAAUCAUAUUCAGUGCCUUGUGUGCUGGUGCAUACGGGUUGAAUGGCAGCUCAUAUGGCCUAUUUGCUGCCCUGACAGCCUAUCGCUUCUUCUUGGGCAUCGGAAUUGGUGGAGAGUAUCCAGCCGGAUCUGUUGCAGCUGCAGAGAACACAGGCGAGCUCAAGAAAGGACAUCGGAACCGGUGGUUUAUUAUGUUCACCAACUUUCAGAUUGAUUUCGCUUAUGUCGUUUCCGCCUUGGUUCCCAUGAUCUUGGUCUUAAUUUUCACUGAGAAUCAUUUGCGCGCUGUCUGGCGUAUAGCCCUGGGAUUGGGCGUGAUCCCUCCCCUCAGUCUGUUUUACCUUCGGUUGAAACUGGAGGAGCCAGAGGAGUUCAACCGGGAACGUAUGCAUAAGUUCCCCAUCUCGCUAAUUAUCCGGUUUUACUGGAAGCGUUUGACAGUGGUAUCCAUGAUAUGGUUUCUCUAUGAUUUUUCAGCUUACUCCUUUAACAUCUACUCUUCUAAGUGGGUGGAUAUCAUCCUGGGUGAUAGCGCCCCUCUUUGGAAGACCUUUGGAUGGACCACUGUGACCAAUGCUUUCUACAUCCCUGGUUCUUUCUUGGGAGCCUUGGUGAGCGACUGGAUUGGACCUCGUAAUACGUUGGCUAUUGGGGUUGGUCUGCAAGGCAUUAUCGGCUUCGUCAUGUCAGGUUGUUAUGAGUACCUCAAGAUUCCAAAGAAUGUGGCCGGAUUUGUCGUAGUGUUUGGAAUCUUUUCGGCGCUCGGUGAAUUCGGACCUGGAGACAAUAUCGGUCUUUGCGCUGCAAAGUCCAGCGCGACUGCUAUCCGAGGCCAGUACUAUGCUAUAGCUGCUGCUGCUGGCAAGAUUGGAGCUUUUGUUGGAACCUACGUUAUUCCAAUAAUUCAGAAAAAUGCUCCCAAUGACGUCCGCUCCGGCCAGGAUCCUUUCUUUGUCUCGAGCUCGUUGUGCAUUUUGAGCGCUGCAUUGGCCUACUUCCUACUUCCCCAUAUCGGACAGGAUACUAUUACCGAAGAGGAUACAAAAUUCCGCGCUUUUCUCGAAGCCAACGGAUAUGACACGUCCACCAUGGGCAACAACAAGUAA